GCUAGUGAUGACCAGAAGACUGAUCGAUGCGCUCUGCGAUCUGAUUCAUGUUCUUCCAGCGUGACCAGUUAGUGGAGGCAGACUACUGUUCAAUGCGAUCGGUGCUCUAUUAGGCAGACUGUGUGUAAUGUGACAUGUGUGACUGCAGCAGGGUCAGGCAGAGAGUGCCUAUCUGGUGACUGCAAUGCUGUGGAAGAUUACAAGCAGGGCCCUCCGUCUUUGGAAACCCCCAUCCCUUUACCAACAUGCCCUGAGGCCAGUGUCCCUGUCUGUGUACCCCCAGGCUGGGCUAGCAGAUGAGAGGUUACAGAUCAAAGUGCAGGGGCUCAGUCCCAGACAGCAGGUGACUCUCAGAGCUCUGGUAGUGGAUGACCAGGACUGCCUCUUUGACUCCUGUGCCCACUAUGAAGCUGAUAACUCAGGCCUCAUUGAUUUGGAGAGGGACCCCUCCCAUGGGGGUGAUUAUAGUGGGGUGCUGCCCAUGGGCCCCCUGUGGAGUCUGUCCCCCUCUGUCAUGGAGAAACCUUACAAACGACUAGAGAAAAUGGAUGUGCAGAAGCUGCCUAUGGUCCUAGAGCUCUUAGUCCACAAGGGGCAUUUAAAUCCCACUGCUAUACCUGGAGAGGUGACUGCUAGAGUGAAAGUUCACAGAUUGUUUUGUGCCCCUGGAGUGAGAAGGAUCAGACUGAGAGAGGGCAUGGUGAGAGGCACUUUGUUUUUACCACCAGGUGAGGGACCAUUCCCUGGUGUGAUUGAUAUGUUCGGGGAUGAUGGUGGACUAGUGGAAUAUCGCUCCAGUUUGCUGGCCAGCCGAGGGUUUGCUGCUUUGGCUCUGCCGUAUGUGGCUUUCGAAGACCUUCCACCAGCGAUGACCGAAUUUCACAUGGAUUACUUUGAACAAGCUGCUAGUUUUCUGGCUCGAUAUCCCAAGGUUCGCGGACCUGGUGUUGCUGUGAUUGGAACUGGGAAAGGGGCAGACCUUGCUCUCUCUAUGAUCACCUUCCUACCACAAGUGGUGGCUGCUGUCUCCAUCUCCGGAUGCUGUGCCAACACUGCCGCCAGCUUGCGCUUCAGAGACUUCACCAUGCCGGCCUUACGAUACAACAUGAACAGAGUCAAAAUAUUAGAUUCUGCUGUCUUUGACGUCUUUGAAGCCUUAGAUGAUCCUCUGAAUCCGAGCAACAGUCAGUGCCUCAUCCCAGUAGAGAAGGCAGGUGGACACUUCUUAUUUAUCGUUGGAGAAGACGAUCGCAACUGGAAAAGCUCCGUCUAUGCCAAGGCACUUGUACAUCGCUUGCAAGAAAACGGCAAAGAGAAUUUUACCCUGUUAAGUUAUCCUGGAGCUGGGCACCGGAUAGACCCUCCAUGCUCUCCAUUUUGUUAUACCACUAUCGAUCGAGUUCUCGGAGUACCCAUCGUUGGAGGAGGACAACUAGAAGCACACUGCCGCGCACAGGAAGAUUCAUGGGUGAAAAUACAGGAUUUCCUUAAUUUACACUUAAAAUGAUAAGAGAUCAGGAUAUGACUUAACCGGUAUUGAUGUUCCAAUGCGAUGGCUAACUGCUUGUAUAAUCAGGUAUCAGAGAUUCUUGUCUGGGCAUCUCUUUUUCUUCCAAUGUCAGUAUGUAUUUUUAGGAAACGGUGAGGCAAAAUGGAGUAAG